AUGAACCUUCUUCCCACGUUCUCUACAGAGACAUGGGCCUUCUUGCUUGUUUUCCUAGUCCUCCUGAUAGCAUAUGGGACCUGGCCAUUUGGUUUGUUCAAGAAGUUGGGUAUUCCUGGGCCAAGACCUCUGCCUUUCUUCGGGACGUGCCUGGAAUAUCGCAAAGGUUUCUUGGAGUUCGACCAUGAAUGUUUCCAUAAAUAUGGGAAAGUCUGGGGGAUUUAUGAUGGCAGGCAACCUGUGCUGGCUGUCAUGGACCCCCAGAUCAUUAAAAAUGUGCUGGUUAAAGAGUGCUACUCCACCUUUACCAACCGGAGGCCUUUUGAACUUGUAGGGGUGCUGAAAAACGCCAUCUCAUUAGCUGAAGACGAACAGUGGAAAAGGAUUCGUACUGUGCUUUCCCCAACCUUCACCAGUGGGAAAUUAAAGGAGAUGUUCCCUACAAUGAAACACUAUGGAGAAGUUUUGGUGAAAAAUGUUCAAAAGCGAGCGGAAAAGGACAAUGCUCUCUCUGUAAAGGACAUCUUUGGAAGCUACAGCAUGGAUAUCAUCACCAGCACUUCAUUUGGUGUGAACAUCGACUCCAUGAACAACCCCAAAGACCCCUUUGUUAGAGAGAUGCAGAAGCUGGUCAAGUUUGACUUUUCUGACCCACUCUUCAUCUUUGCAUUUGUAUUCCCAAUAUUUAUUCCUCUUUUGGCCAAGAUGAAUGUAAGUGCCUUCCCCAGUGAUGCUGUAGAUUUCUUCAUAAGAUCCAUCUCCAAAAUUAAGCAGGAUCGUGAAAAGGAGACUUACAAGGGCAGAGUGGAUUUUCUGCAGCUGAUGAUUGAAUCCCAGAAGUCAACCAGUCAUGGGAGCAAUGAAGCAAAUCACUCAUAUAAAUCCCUGACUGACAUAGAGGUCAUAACGCAAGCAUUCAUCUUUAUUUUUGCUGGAUACGAGCCCACCAGCAACUUGCUUGGUUACCUGGCGUAUGAACUGGCUGUGCAUCCUGAUGUGCAGCAGAAACUGCUGGAGGAAAUCGACACCAUUUUACCCAACAAGGCUCCUCUCACGUACGAAGCGGUGAUGCAAUUGGACUACCUGGACAUGGCAGUGAGUGAAACCCUUCGGCUCUUCCCCCUUGGAGGACGGCUUGAGAGAGCCUGCAAGAAAGACGUACAAAUAAAUGGAGUCACCAUUCCCAAAGGAACCGUUGUUAUGAUCCCACCCUAUAGUCUGCACCGCAACCCCGAGUACUGGCCAAACCCGGAAGAGUUCAGACCAGAAAGGUUCAGCAAGGAAAACAAAGAGGCCAUAAACCCGUAUGUGUACCUGCCCUUUGGAGCCGGUCCCAGGAACUGCAUUGGGAUGCGGUUUGCUCUCCUGUCUCUGAAAAUUGCCAUCACCAUGCUGUUGCAACAUUUCACCUUCCAGACCUGCAAAGAAACUCAGAUCCCUCUCAAGCUGAGUUCACAGGGACUCUUAACACCAAAGAAACCGAUUAUUCUGAAGUUAGUCCCCCGGAGCAACACUGCACCUGCAGAGGCGUAA